AUGCUGUUCGGACGGAUUGUAGAACCAUCGAGUCGAGAAGUGCAUAACAGGCUCACUCUGACGUUUGGUUCUCCCGACCCAGAAACUACGGUAAAGGUUCUCGACAAUGUCGAGUCUGUGCUCACCAAGCUGGUCUCAUCAGAAAAUGGUACGUUUGACGACUCAUGGCGAAAUUAUCUGUCAGAGAACGAUAUCGAGGAGAUUGGAUUUGCAACUGAUUGUGUUGGUGUUUGCGAUCAAAUAGGGGUCUUGACAUGUGCAGACAAUGUUUCCGAGAGAAGUCCAAGCAAAUCGGUUUCGUCAAGUACAACUAAGAUGGAUCGUUACCCAUAUUAG